UCACGGUGAGUUACAGCUUUCCCCCCUCCUUCCUCUGUGGUGCACAGCUCGGCAGACCGCGAUGGAGGAAUUGAACUAGACUACACACACCUAUAACCAAAUAUGAAAGGAGCUGGGGUUUUUGAUGACUAAAAGUAGCAUACUCAUCGUGAAAAGGAGGAAACCUUGACCCCACUCAACUGCUCCAGGAAGAGUGCACCAUGGGUGUGUGAAAGUCAUGCAGGACGUCACUUCAUGUAGAUAAACCUUUGCUGUCUGUCAGCUGAGCCAGCAGCUUCCUAGUAAACACAACGGUGCAAACAAAUUCCUUAGCCGGGCAACCUCGAGGAGGGCGUCUCCAGAGAAAGCCAACGAACCAAACUCCCCCUCCCCAUUCCCGAGGGCUCCAAGUUACACUUAUGACACUUUUGGCACUGGACCUUGUUUUUUUCUUUUCCUUUCAGAGUCGACAAGCCUUCUACCUCUGCCUCAUCUACAGUAUCUGACUGCAGAAGUGUAGCCCUCUGAAGGCAGCUUUCAUUAUUGCCUCUUUAAAAUGGAGCAGUAAAUAAGACCCUUUUUCCAACACCCCUCUCUAGAAUAAUCAAUAUGCAAGACUGACUUGCCCCAGUUGUGAAUCUCACAAGCAUUUUGGUAACUCCAAAAAGAUGAUUCCAUAGACAAGUGACAGUUUUAUGUGACAGGACUGAUUCUGUGGAGUGGAAAGAAAAACACUUCUGUUGACAACACAACCAGCUGAACAAAGAUUCCUUUGAGUCUUGUACUUGUUCAGUUUAUAUUGCCACAAAAAAACAUUCUUGUACCUGUUACUGUUUCACUCUGUUCUGCAAAGUUAACUCACGGACAAAGCCAAGUCAAAACAUUCUGAUAAUGUUGGAACUGCAAAAUGUAAAAGUGCAUCCAGCCAUGACUGGCAGCUCACACAGAAGUCUCUAAUAAUGCCAUAACGAGCAGUAUGGCUGGACUCAAGUACUGAACAGAGCAAGGAAAUCCUCAUGUCCACAUAAAUCAGACUCAAACUCUUCCACACAAACAAAAAUCUGGCAUACCCAAGAGAGCCCUGAGCGUUCUGUUGAGCCAUCUGCCAAGUUUCAGUUCAAAGUCUUUUAUUUUACCCAUGCCUGCGCCUGGUGCAAGGAUGCCCCAUAACACUGCCCGCUGUUCUUGAGAAGGAGAGAGUAAGAAGGAGGAGGAGAACGGGUAGGAAAUGACAGAGUACCUGACAGAAUGCAAAGCGCUGGUGACUCCGUCCACGCGCAACGGCCACCGCGUCUUCAGCUAUACACUAGAGAGCCACACAGCAGCCGCCUUCGCCAUCAUGAACGAGCUGCGUCUGGACCGUCAGCUGUGCGACGUCACGCUGCGUGUGCGCUACAAAGACCUGGAGGAGGUGGACUUUGUGGCUCACAAGGUGGUGUUGGCCUCCUCGUCCCCGGUCUUUAGGGCUAUGUUCACCAACGGCCUAAAGGAGUGCGGUAUGGAGUUGGUACCCAUCGAGGGGAUCCAUCCCAGGGUUAUGGACCGACUGAUAGAGUUUGCCUACACAGCCAGUAUCUCUGUUGGGGAGAAGUGUGUGAUUCAUGUGAUGAACGGCGCCGUCAUGUACCAGAUAGACAGCGUGGUCAAGGCCUGCUGUGAUUUCCUCGUCCAGCAGCUUGACCCCAGCAACGCCAUUGGCAUUGCCAACUUUGCAGAGCAAAUCGGCUGCACAGAGCUCCACCAGAAGGCCCGCGAAUACAUCUACAUGAACUUUAGCCAGGUGGCGACCCAGGAGGAGUUCUUCAACUUGUCUCACUGCCAGCUGGUCACCCUCAUCAGCCGCGAUGAGCUCAAUGUGCGAUGUGAGUCCGAAGUCUUCCAGGCAUGUGUGGCCUGGGUGCGCUACGACCGGGAGAACCGCCGACCGUACGUCCAGGCCUUACUCCAGGCUGUCCGUUGCCAUUCCCUCACCCCCAACUUCCUGCAGGCCCAACUCCAGUCUCUGGACUGGGACCCCCAGUGUAAAGACUACCUGGCCCAGAUCUUCCAGGACCUCACCCUCCACAAACCCACCAAAGUAAUUUCUUGCCGAACACCCAAGGUGCCCCAGCUCAUCUACACAGCAGGGGGUUAUUUCCGUCAGUCCCUCAGCUACCUGGAGGCGUAUAACCCCUGCACAGGAGCCUGGCUGAGGCUAGCUGACCUGCAGGUACCCCGCAGUGGCCUAGCAGCCUGUGUGAUCAGUGGGCUUUUCUACGCUGUUGGGGGAAGAAAUAACGCGCCUGAUGGCAACAUGGACUCGAAUGCAUUAGACUGCUACAAUCCCAUGAACAACUGCUGGCUGCCGUGUGCACCAAUGAGCGUACCCAGGAACCGAAUUGGAGUUGGCGUCAUCGAUGGCAUGAUAUAUGCGGUUGGUGGAUCACAUGGGUGCAUUCAUCACAACAGCGUUGAAAGGUAUGAUCCAGAAAGGGACCAGUGGCAGCUGGUAGCCCCCAUGUUGACACGGCGCAUUGGUGUGGGUGUUGCUGUCAUCAACCGGCUGCUUUACGCUGUGGGGGGGUUUGACGGGGCCAACCGGCUCAGCUCCUGUGAGUGCUACAACCCUGAGAGGGAUGAGUGGAAGACCAUGGCCCCGAUGAACACUGUGCGCUCCGGAGCUGGUGUGUGCUCAUUGGGGAAUCACAUCUUUGUGAUGGGCGGCUAUGAUGGCACCAACCAGCUGAACACAGUGGAGCGUUAUGAUGUGGAAACUGAUACGUGGAGCUCUGCUGCCUCCAUGAGGCACCGCCGCAGUGCUCUGGGAGUCACAGCAUUACAUGGCCGCAUCUAUGUAAUGGGAGGCUAUGAUGGCAACACUUUUCUGGACAGUGUGGAGUCUUACGACCCAGAGAAGGACACCUGGUCGGAGGUGACACACAUGACGUCAGGGCGGAGUGGCGUUGGUGUGGCCGUCACCAUGGAGCCGUGCCAGAAAGAACUGCCACAGUGUCAGAAGUGCGAGAGGGAAAACGGUGCUUCGUCACCAACCCAUCAGUCCGUCAACUGUGGUUUUAGCUCUCACCACAAUCAGCAGCACGGCGGGCCCUUCGGCAAAGGCACAUGAUUGCUAGACCCUGUCACACACGCACAUACAUGGACGACCGCCCCAGAAUUCCACUCUUGUCUUCCCAAAUCUAAGUAAAGACACUCACCGCUAGUUAGAGGCUGAGGUGAGCUGAAACACCAUGUGCUGCCUCACUGAUUCUAAUGAUCAUAGAUACAUUUAACAAACAAAAUCAGAAGAAUUUUAAAAGUGCAGUGUUGAUACUCAUCUAAUAAGGUGACACAAAAAGUCAUCUGAGUAUCUGGAUUAGACUUUCCAAAUCAAGUAUGACACCAGAAUCCUACAGUCAGUUUUCAAGACCUGAAAUUUGAUUUUGUUGUUGGUUAAUUGUGUUCCGCCAAAUCUGAGAGACCUCAGUCCGUCUGUGUGUUCAGAUCUGAUAUUUGAAGUCCUUGGUCGGACCAUCAUCUCCCGGGUUUGAGCCAUGGGAGAAAAGGGCUGCAUACUACAAAGGGUCACUUACCGGCUCAAAGAGGUAUCAGGGUCUCUUUAUACUUGAAGAGCAACCUGUGCAAAAAUCUGAGAGGGGGAAAAAAAUUUGAUGAUCCCAUUUUGUAAACAAAAAAGUACCAAUUGUCAGCAUAGGCAGUAGAGUUCAAAGUGCCAUUACAAUGCCUAUGGGCAUUACAGUCAUCAGUAUAUUGUCUUGAGGUGCUUUGAUGGAAAGGCACAAAGUCACUGUGUGGUGUGUAGAAUUGGUAAAGUUAACCCAGAUGGGCGUCAUGCAAGAACAUUUUCUGUAUUCCCAUUUUAAACCGCUUUACUUUUUUUGGCAAGGCUUUUUGUUGUACAUGUUCCAAGUCAGGUUCAGUAAACUCCCUCAACUGCACAAACGUGUUCAGCCUGAUGAAUGCCACCUGUUCGUGAGUAGGUGCGCAUAUGUGAGAGUUCACCAUUUACAUAAUCAUCACACCCAAAUUGCUACAUAAGGCUACUUGUUCCUCUCUGUUGGUGAACAAGUUUCACUGGCAAAAUCAUCACCCAAAAGUUAAAACUAAAAGUAUUUUGAACUGUCGAGCCUCAAUAUUGGAAAUCAGCAGAUGAUCGCAUAAGCACAUUUAGCAAUUUGUAGUUGGAUUAGUGACCCCAAAAAACAUAGCUGACAGUGCUGUGUCGUUACAGUGCUGUGCCAUGACAGAAAUAAGGAGUAAAAAGUAGUCAACAGAGCAGGACGCUUGGGGUAGAUGGAUGAGAGAACAUAUUGCAUUAAACAGAAAGUGAUGUUAAAUUGCUGGUUAGGUGUUUAUCCAUUAUAAAACACAAAACACCGUAUCCACAUAAAGACCCUGAGGCAGCUGUUAUAGAGUUGUCAUUCAAAAAUAUGGCUAUAACAUCCUAUAUAUAAACUACCUAACUUCUGACUAACUUUCCAAUUGGUGCUUUGUAAUUCUUCAAAGAGGUGUUUUCCCUCGUAGAGAGGAGCAUCUGCACACGACUCAUACGAUCCCUCAACUUUGUUUGUACCUAAAACAAUUGAUUGCCACAAAUUCCAAAUUGAGAUUAAACCUGUUAGGACAGGUGGCUCUUUCAUGAGGCCCGUAGUCUCAAAUUCAUGUGUUGGUACAAGAAAAGCAGGACCUUAAAGUAACUGCAUAGUAACAAAUGUGUCCUUUCACUUAUAGCCACUGGUAGGUUCAUUAAAAAUGAGAUUCUUUAAGUGUCUGCAUAUUAUUGAGUGUUGCCUCUUGUAAGGCCAUCAGAGAGUCUGGUCCAGUAUAUUUGGUAUGUAGAGUGCCAAGAGAAUGAAACAAGUUUUGUGUUUAGAGGAAAGGGAAUACUGUAGCAUUUAAAACAAAAAAAAAAAACUUUGACUCAAACAUCUCACUGAAUGUGUUUUUAAAAAAACACUAUUUACUGACACAGUACAGUUGACUUUUUUGUUUUUCACUUCCACCAGACCUCAGAAACAGAAGUGACCAUAUUUGUGCAUUAGUGUUCAGAUACUGUAUGCUAAUGACAAAAACUUGCUUAAAGAAGUGUAUUUGUAACAGCAAUUUAAGCUACAAAGGUUUUCAAGUGGUGUUUUGUACAUUGAUAUUCUAAGAAGUCUUGUACAGAAUUUCUGAGCUCACUUUUUUAUUUAUUUGUUCAGAUCCUUUUGGUUUUCUCGUUCCUCUAAACUGACAUCAGCUUUGUAUUGAAUUGGACUCUGGUGUUGUGUUUUUUGAAUAAUUAGCAUGCAUUGUAACUGUAAGUAGGAAUGCCUGUUAAUGUUAAUUUUGGAUGUUUGUAAAAUAAAAAAUGCUUCACUUCGAAA